AUGCUCCAAAUAGUUGGGCAGUUUAGUGGGAUGCCCACGGAAGACCCUCAUCUCCAUCUACGCUCAUUUUUGGAGGUGAGUGAUUCUUUCAAGUUACAAGGAGUAAGUGAAGAGGCGCUAAGACUGAAGUUAUUCCCCUUCUCUUUCAGGGACCGAGCUAGAUCAUGGCUCAACAUCCUUCCUCCCGAUUCGGUGACAAAUUGGAAUGACUUGGCUGAAUUUUUUUUAAGAAAGUACUUCCCUCCCACGAGAAAUGCAAAGUUUAGAAGUGAGAUUAUGUCGUUUCAGCAGCUGGAAGAUGAGUCCACUAGUGACGCAUGGGAAAGAUUCAAAGAGCUUUUAAGAAAAUGUCCACACCAUGGUAUCCCACAUUGUAUACAAAUGGAGACAUUCUACAAUGGUCUCAAUGCAGCCUCUCGAAUGGUCUUGGACGCUUCAGCCAAUGGAGCCAUUCUUUCCAAGUCUUACAACGAAGCAUUUGGGAUUUUGGAAAGGAUUGCAAGUAAUAACUAUCAAUGGUCAAACACUAGAGCUCCUACAAGUAGAAAGGUGGCGGGAGUUCUUGAAGUAGAUGCAUUAACGGCUCUAACAGCUCAAAUGGCCUCAAUGACCAACAUCUUGAAGAAUCUGAGUUUGGGAGGAAAUAUUCAGCCAGCCGCUGCCAUUCAAAGUGCAGAAAUUUCAUGUGUUUAUUGUGGAGAUGGGCAUACUUUUGAGAAUUGCCCUUCAAAUCCAGCCUCGGUUUGCUAUGUGGGUAAUCAGAACUUCAAUCGCAACAACAACCCAUAUUCAAAUUCUUAUAAUCCAGCGUGGAGGCAACAUCCAAAUCUGUCAUGGGGGGGUCAAGGAGCACGUUCAAGUGGAGCGCCAGCACAAGGGAAAUAG